AUGGCCACAAAACAAGCUCAUAAAAGACUCACAAAAGAAUACAAAUCAAUGGUGGAAAACCCACCUCCAUUUAUCAUAGCACAUCCUUCGGAACGUAAUAUUUUAGAAUGGCACUAUCUAAUUUCAGGCCCACCAGAUACACCAUAUGCUGGUGGUCAAUAUCAUGGUACCCUAAUGUUCACUUCAGAAUACCCUUUCAAACCACCUGCGAUUAAGAUGAUCACGCCCAGUGGUCGUUUCCAACCAAAUACUAGAUUAUGUCUAAGUAUGAGUGAUUAUCAUCCAGAUUUGUGGAAUCCUGCUUGGAGUGUUGCCACUAUCUUGACAGGGUUGUUAAGUUUCAUGACUGGUGAUGAGGAUACUACAGGUAGUAUAAGAACUAGGGAUGAAUCCAAAAAGAAGUUUGCAAAAGCUAGUUUAACUUUUAACUUAAAUAGUGAAAGAUUCUUGAGGGAGUUUAGUGAUUUAGUUGAUGAAACUAGAACAAAGAUUGAUGAAUGGGAUAAAAAUGAAGCAAAAAUUGAAGAUGAAAAGAAGAGAAAGUUAGCAAAUGAUAAUAAACCUGAGGAAAUUGUUGAUCCAAGUACAUUAGAUCCAGAAGAUAGAAUAAGAUAUGAACAGGCUAGAAAUAGGGCCGUUGAAGGUCAGAAAUCUAACUUUGUGUAUUAUGUUUUGGCUAUUGCAGUGGCUCUGGGUUUGUUUCGUUAUAUAAAUUAG